AAUUUAUCCGUUUUCUUGUAUUUAAAAUGGAUCUUCAAUCAACAUUCAGACGAUGAAUUUGCAUGUUAUCAGAACUCUCGCUAAAACUGUCUAAUAUGAGAUUUACUCUUUAUUUGCCUCAGUGUGGUAAGUAGCGGAGUAACCGAAUUACAGCUCACACGUGAAAACAGAUCCAGUCGUUUCUUUUUGCUGCUGCAAAAAUACUUUCGAAGAAAUAGCAGCUUGCAGAUUACUAAUUAGCUACGGUUUGAAAAAUGGGAAGAACGCGAAAAACGGCUCAUGCCUCCCUGGGCAUGUCUCUCGUCAAAAAGAAGAAGGCACAAUGGGACAGAGCAACUAAUUGUGAACAUCCAAUCCUCACGGAUAACACGACUAACGCCCUCAAGUCUGUGACUGAAGAGAACUCUUAUGACGAAUUUAUCGCCACAGCCACUCUCGCCAACAAAGAAUUUACCGCAGAAAAACUUAAUGUCAAAUUUGUGGCACUAUCCACGAAUGAACGGGACGGUCAUGGGGGAGGAGCGGAUGACGAGUUUUCAGAAGAGGAUAAAAGACUCGUCGUAGUUCCACGAAGACCGAAAUGGACCAAGGAGAUGACCGGUGAAGAGCUCGACAUUGCGGAACGUGAGGCCUUCCUAGAAUGGAGAAGGAGGAUGGCACACCUUCAAAAUAAGGAAGGUAUCACCCCGUUCGAGAGGAAUAUUGAAGUGUGGCGACAACUUUGGCGUGUCGUGGAAAGAUCUCAUAUCAUUGUGCAGAUUGUAGAUGGUCGAAAUCCACUCUUAUACAGAUGUGAAGAUUUAGAAUCAUAUGUGUCGGAAAUGGGGAAAAAGAACGUCCUUCUAAUCAACAAGGCAGACUUUUUAACCCCAGCACAAAGAGCCCAUUGGUCGCAGUACUUUAACUCUAUUGGACUUUCCCACGCCUUCUAUUCUGCAGCGAUGGCGGCUCUCAAACCCAAAAAGGAAGAUUCCACAAUUCCAGAAGAAGACCACGAACUAGACAGUAGUUCAGAAGAAGAUGAAGAAGAAGGAGAAAGUGACCACUCGUCGGAUAAUGUUGAGCAAGAACUACACGUCGGCCUUUACGCUAAAGUUAAACAAUUACCCGAUGAGCCAGAAGCCACUCGGAUCUUGACAAGAGAACAACUCAUUGACUUUCUCCGAUCGUUCAAAGCUUCUUGUCCCGAUGACAUUUUUGCCGUUGGACUUGUAGGAUACCCAAAUGUAGGAAAGAGUUCUACCAUCAAUUCUUUAAUGGACGCAAAGAAAACUUCGGUAUCUGCAACACCCGGAAAAACUAAACACUUUCAGACAUUAUAUUUGGAAGAUGACAUUUUGCUCUGUGACUGUCCUGGUUUGGUUAUGCCAGCCUUUGGUGGAUCCAAAGGAGAAAUGGUGCUGGGAGGAAUUCUACCAAUUGAUCAACUCACGAGUUAUCAUUCUGCCACAGAGCUCCUGGUGAGCAGAAUUCCAAUGUAUACCCUCGAAAAAAUGUAUGGGGUCACCCUAUGUGUCAACUACUCCCACGAAGAUUUCCUUACUUCGUAUGCGGCCAUUCGAGGGUUCAUGACUGUCCGAGGAAUCCCAGAUUGUUCUCGAGCUUCGAGAAUAAUUCUAAAAGACUAUGUCAAUGGAAAAUUGUGCUAUUGCGUCCCACCACCAAAUGUUCCAGGCGAGGAAUUUAAUCCCAUUGUGAAUCGUCACAUUAUAGUACAUCAUCCGCCCCAAAAGGGUCAAGAAAAUAUUUGGGAACAACAGGAAAAUGUAUGCAAAGUGCAAAAUCAGCGUCGUCCAAUCGCUCCAAAGGCGAGAAUGGAGCGAAAUUUGGACCGUUCAUUCUUCGCUCCAACUCCUUCCUCUGUCCACAUUAAGGGUAAGCAGUACGUUAGCACUGGAGAAAGUUCGGCCGCCUCGUCUUCCACCACCAGCCUCUCUGAAGAAGGAAAACCGUGGAAGAAACAUGGAAAUAGGAACAAGAAAGAGAAACUUCGACGACUCUACAGACAUUUAGAUGUCGAGUGAUUACUAUUAUCAUUACUAACCCCGGAUUUAUUAUUUUCCUAAAAACGUGUCUAUGUUAGAAACAUUAUCUAUCUAUACACGAAUAAUGAAAGUCUUUAAAAAAUAAAAUUGAAUAUAAAGUUA